UCAGUUCAGCUGCUAGAAGCAGCUAAUUUGCAAUAAAGUGACAGGAACCCCUAUAACAUCUCAUUCUGAAAGGAGCUCAAAAUAGACUAAAAUUUAAUUAUAAUGAUUUUGUGCAAUAAAAUUUAAUGAACAUGUAUUUUUAUAGUGCACAGACCUACCCUAACCUGUCCAGGGAAGCAUAACAGGUCGUCUUUAAUGAACAGUGUUUAAAGACAGAUGAACAAAGUGAGGGGGAAAGCAGGAGAAGGGGUUGAGACGGGUUGGGGAGUGGUACUUUGAGUCAUCAGUGAUGCUCAGACCUUCACAGUAUUAUGCUGAUCCCUCUCCCUCGCCCACACUCCCUCUCUCACUCUGAGCUGCUCGUUGUGCAUCAGCCAGACUCGGGCGCUCGUCCACAAGGAUGAGGAGCGCACACUCUGCGUGACAGAGCGAGCCCUUGUCCACCUGGCUGCUCACGCGCGUGUCGGCGUUCGAGAGGAGGAUUCCUCCACUGAGUGUCAGCCUCACACCGGUCCCGCCUCUCUUCUUCUUCUUCUUCUGUCUUUUCUGUUUUUGUUUUUUGUUUUUCCUCCCAGAGACUGGUCAGAUCCUCUCCUCCAUGUCUGGCUCUCCACCUGGCCUCCAUGAGUUUAAUUGAGGACAAGCCAUUCCUCCCUGGAAGGAGCGAUGCGGAUGCCAAUCAGGAAUGAAACGACGGGUUUUCAUGCGCGGCCGGCAGCCACUGCAUGGUUUAUGCUUGGUGUCACCAUCUGGAGAUGGGAAAUGCUUCAGACGCAGCCUCUUUGUUUGCCUCCAGCAUCUCGAAGGAGCAUGACAUCCUCAUGGGUUCCGUCUACAGCUUGUUUUGUGAGUAAACACAAUGAUCCGAUGUUUGCCACGCUGAUAUUUUUCCUGACAUUUAGUCUUUUUCGUUCUUUUUUUCCCAAAGGUAUCCUGUCCCUCAUAGGCAACUGCCUUCUGCUGCUUGUUGCUUUUCACAAGAGAUCAACUUUGAAACCAGCAGAGUUCUUCAUCAUCAACCUCUCCAUCAGCGACCUUGGGAUGACGCUGUCUCUGUUUCCACUGGCAAUACCGUCGGCCUUUUCGCACAGGUGGCUUUUUGGAGAAAUUACCUGCCAGCUUUAUGCCAUGUGUGGAGUGUUGUUUGGUCUCUGCAGCCUGACAAACCUCACUGCCCUCUCCUUGGUGUGUUGCCUUAAAGUCUGCUUUCCUACUUAUGGGAACAAGUUCUCGCCUUCACACUCCCGCCUCCUGGUGGCCGGAGUGUGGUGCUACUCAUCUGUGUUUGCCGUGGGGCCCCUGGCACAGUGGGGGCAUUACAGCGCUGAACCUUACGGCACGGCCUGCUGCAUUGACUGGCACGCACCCAACCAGGAGCUUUUAGCUUUGACAUACAUAGUCUGCCUUUUUGUCUUUUGCUAUGCACUGCCCUGCACCAUCAUCUUCCUCUCCUAUAGUUUCAUUCUGCUGACCGUGCGGGGAUCGCGUCAGGCGGUUCAGCAGCAUAUGUCACCCCAGACCAAGACCACCAAUGCACACGCUCUCAUAGUGAAGCUGUCCAUAGCAGUGUGCAUUGGUUUUCUGGGAGCCUGGACCCCUUACGCUGCCGUGGCAAUGUGGGCUGCUUUCGGAGACGCCACAACCGUCCCUCCUGUUGCGUUCGCCCUGGCCGCAGUGUUGGCCAAGUCUUCCACCAUCUACAACCCAAUGGUCUACCUGCUGUGCAAGCCCAAUUUCCGCGAGUGUUUAUGUAGAGACACGUCUACACUGCGACAGAUGAUGCACAGGGGUAGUCCACAGCCGCAGGAGCGAUUCAGCUUCACUCCACAGCGCAACAAGGACACAAGUGCCUCCACAAGGUUCUCAAAUGGUCAGCAGGAUAGUUAUGGGGCAUGUCUGAACUGCACCGAGAAUGCAGCGCUGCAGAAGACCGCCUGCGUCCUGACGGGAUCCUCCUACACCGAGGUGACAGUUAGUCAGCUCUCAGCCAAACCAGGAACAGAUUUCAUCUAACAGAGCGACUUGCUUCAAACACUAGAAAAGACCUGAUGUAACCUGUUUCCUUCUCAAUCUGAACACCAUGGCAACUCCACAGGACUGCAAUGAGCUGCUGUGGAAUCCUGAAGGACUGACGUGACAAAUCUGCACUGGUCUGAGUCAGCCUGAAUAGAUUUACCACUGACAUUUAUGUUUGUCUCAAGGUUUACUUCACUUUAAGGUUGCUGGCGGUUUUAUUUAGGACUCAAAAUCUGUAAAAACUAAGACAGUGGUGCUACUGCUGGAUCAGGGACACUUUGUUUCUCAUGUAAAAGAGGAAACACAGAGACACGGGAGAUCACAUGAUAAUAAAGAAGGUAAAUGUGCAGCUGUAAAGUGUUUCUCAACUUAAAAUCACAACUCCCUGUUGACUUGAACACCUCUGUGUGAAUGUGUUGUUAUCAUUGCAACUAGGAUUCAUUAAAAAGAAACUUCUUCGGUAACAAACACAAUGCAAAAACACUAAAUCUUACCAAGUACUUUUGGUCUAGUAAAUAUCUUAGUACACUUGAAAU